GGCUACAGAAAUUGAAUAAAGUGUAAAUCAACAUAACAUUAUUUAGUCAAGAGCAGUGAGGGAUUUCUUCUGUCUUUUGUUGUUUGAUUAACAUUAAUGACAGAUGGCACAGCUUUAUUAGGCUGCUGUCACAAGACCUGUUUCACGGAUAUACCGUAGCAAAAGUUAUGCGUUUUAAAACGAAAACGCACUAGUGUAAACGGGGCCUGAGUGUAGCCUAUCCUUACAAGACAAUGAAAUAUAGAAAUGAAUAUUCUUCAGUUAUUAGCAAAUCAUUUAUUUGUUAAAUAUGCUAACUUUUUUUUUUUUUUAACCAUCAUCAAGAUUUUAGUUUAAAAAUUAUGUAUUGGCAUAGGGUAAAGUUUGUUUAAAGUUACAGCAUAUACAUGUACAAUGAACUUACAGGGAUAGUUCACACAAACAUUUAUACUCUAAUUUUUCGUAACCAACGUUCUUCAAAAUAUCUUUUUAUGUUCCACAAAAGAAAAGAAAAAGCCAAACAAGUUUGGAACAACAUGAAAGCUAUUAAAUUCCUCAGGACCAGAUGCAGACUCAGUAACAAUUGGAAUUUUUAGAGAGACGGAAUUAUUUUACAAAUAGCAUUCCGUUUACAUUACUCCUAAUGAUAUUUCAGUCUGCUUUUAAAGAUCUGUUCCUGCCUAAAGAAUAUUCCCAUAAGAUAUGGAAAGCAACCGCGAUCUGGAUGUGGAUCUGGAUCCUAAUAAAGAUGACCUGCCCCUGCGGGCUAACACCAACCAUAUGCUUGUCCGACACUAUGUUCUUGACCUGACUGUUCACUUCCAAAGGAAUGUCUUUGGUGGCAGCAUUGUUCUGUUUCUGGAGCCCGGUGUGGUUUCCAGCAAACAAGGUGAACUAGGAUCUAUAUCAAACACACCAGUGCAAAACAGAUCUCAGGUGUCAUCUAAACAUGACGUAAGUUCUCCCAUCACACCUGAGCCAAAUAAGGUGAUACCCCCUGAGGAACCAUCACGUUUGAGUGGAGGAAAUUAUGUCAGUAGUGUCUUGUGGGGUGAUGAGAGUGAAGAAUUCACCUUGGUGUUGGAUUGCUGUGACCUGACAGUGUCAAAAGUGGAAGAGUUGGAUGUAACUACAGUACCUGAUUUAAAGAAACUUGACGUAGACAAACAACAUGCAAAUACGGAUCAUCCGUCAUCCGGUCUGGUACAAAGGCUGGUCUCUAUGCCUUCCGUCUGCUGGAGACUGCAGCAUGAGCUAUACGUCCAGUGCAGCCAUUCCUCUACUGUUCAUAAUGUCCAACCUCUACGGUUCCACACAGACCAGUGGAGUCUUCAGAUCAGGAAGGAAGGGGUUUGUUCCCCUCAUGAUUUCCCACGUGCUGUCAGAAUAUGGUAUGAAACUAAGCCCACAGGUGGUUCUGUGAGGUGGACAAAAGACCAGGAUGGCAGAUGCUGUGUAUAUACCAUGGGCUCGCCCAUCAACAACAGAGCACUCUUCCCGUGCCAGGAGCCACCUGUUGCCAUGUCAACGUGGCAAGCGCGUGUGAGAGCUCCGUGUGAUUACGCUGUUCUAAUGAGUGGUGAAAAUCAAGCCUUUCCUAAGCCUGCGGAGACAGGUUUUCUGCAGUGGGAUUAUUAUGUUACAAUGCCAAUGCCAGCCUCUACCUUUACCAUAGCGGUGGGGCAAUGGCUAGAGGCUGGAGUAAAACAUCCCAACUUUGAGGUGGAAAAAACGGACAAACCUUUCGAUAAAGAACCCAGUUUUUCUUUGGACAACGACGAUCAGCAAUAUGUUUGCUCCCACAUGGACUAUCCCUGUCGCUUCAUGGUCAGUGCUGCCAGGGCUCAGACUGUUAUUCCUCACCGGGUAUUUGCCCCACCCUGCCACCUGCAGCAGGCAAAUGACAUGGUUUUACCCCUACUGCCUCUCUGUCUGACUGCGGCCCACUCUGUUCUUGGUGUCCAUCCAUUCUCACGUCUAGAUGUGUUUAUUGUUCCCUCAGGAUUCUCCAGUCUGGGCAUGGCCAGUCCACAUAUCGUGUUCCUGUCUCAAAGCGUGCUAACGGGUGAAAGGAAUCUCUGUGGGGCGAGAUUGUGCCACGAAAUUGCCCAUUCUUGGUUUGGGCUGGCCAUCGGAGCACGGGACUGGACAGAAGAAUGGAUCAGCGAGGGUUUUGCCACUUAUUUAGAGGAUGUAUUCUGGAGCCAUGUUCAGAAGUUGGAUUGUAGAGAGGCUGAAGAGCAGAGACAGUUAAAAGCUCUGCUGCGCUGGAGGAGACUGAGUGACGAGUUACAGAACUCUGAAGAAGAGCUGCAGGUCCUCAGGCCUAAUAAAGAGAACACGGGGGAAGUGAGCGAGUCUGGUGCAUCAGUAGUGAAACAUGCCCUCAACCCAGAAAAACUCUUCAUGCAGGUGCACUAUCUGAAGGGCUACUUCCUCUUGAAGUUUCUGGCUGAUCAGGUUGGCGAAGAGAAGUUCUUGGACUUCUUCAAAGUGUUUGUGGGAAAAUUCCACGGGCAGCUCAUUCUGUCUCAGGAUUUCCUGCAGACGCUCUUGGACACAUUUCCAGGAAUGAGCAGUCGAGGCAUCACACUUGAAACCAUCUUUUCAGACUGGUUAGAUACACCUGAAAUGCCAGAGUGGCUGAGGGACGCCUGCUCAGAAUGGUUGCGGACUCCAGCGGUGCAAGAAGUCAAGGGAGAGGUUGCAAAAUGGAUUCACUUCAGUGGCUCUGGUGGAAAGGGCAGCAAGCGGAAAAGAGCAGGGCCCAAGGUUAACUUCAAAGAGUUGAGUCCAGAGCAGCUGGUUCUUCUGUUGGAGUUUCUUCUAGAGGAACCAAAGCUGAGUCUGUCCACUCUGAGACUCCUUCAGACCACUUAUAACCUACAGGCCCAGGAUGCUGAGGUGAAACAUCGCUGGUGUGAACUUGCGGUCAAGCACAAAAACACAGCGGCAUACCGAGACGUUGAGCAGUUUCUGAUCCAUGACCAGGCCAUGGGUGUGUAUUUGUAUGGUGAACUGAUGGUCCAGGAAGAUGCCCGGCAGCAAGCAUUAGCACGCCAUUGCCUAUCCAUCAUUAAAGAUGACAUGGACCAAUCAGCACGCAGCGUUGUGGAGGAAAUGAUUCUGUGAACUCAGUCAAAUCAGGUUUCAGAUCUGUCUGGUCUUCAGUCACAUGUUCAGCUCAGGGAAAUCAAGCAGGAUCUGACUGUCUACUGCUCGCUGAUGCUCAGAGAGAACAGUGAAUGGACUAUUCAAAAAAAUCAUUGCACAUUUAAGCUAGAAUACAUAAAAUAACAUGUCAUAUUUAGUAUUGUCAGAAAUAAAAACAAAUACUGUGUACACAAAUGUAUGUGU